UCAGUCCUUGAUCCACGUUAUUUAAUGUCGUUUAAUUAUUUCAUGUUCCCUUCUGAGGUUUUAACAAAACUCAAAUAAUAAACAGAAGCUGACCAGUGGUGGGAAGUUUCCACAGAUGGAAAUAGCUAAGAAAGGCUUACAUUAAAAAUCUAUCAUUUUGUCUCAAGUGAGCUUUUAACCCUUUUUUCCUUUUGCGUACCUGUAAUUCUGUUGGGGGAGCAGCUCAUCAGGCAUAAAAUUGCAGGCUGUAACCUAUCAAUGAGGUGUAAAAGGAUUAUCUGUUGCUUGGAGUAUAGCUUUGAUCUGAGAACAGUGAUAGGAGGAAGGAUUCAUGGUUGUCUUCCAUUCACAGGGGAAGAAAAAAUGUUUUGGCGUGGCUGUCCUGGCACACACACAGCCACACGCUGCUAAUGAGGGCUCAGUGCUGCACAGCUGAGCAAAGGUUUGGUUCUGCUUUGUUCCCCUUUGCCCUGAGAGGGGGGCUGGUGUGAGCAAAGGGCUCAGGGCUGCUUCUCAGGUUCCAUUCCACACUUAUAAAAGUCCACGUGUUCCUGUAUACGCACUGUGGCUUUUUAACUUGUUUUCAUGUGAGAAUUAAAAUCCUAUCAACAUGUUUAGUCUGCUUUUCUUAAAGCCCUCAAUUGGGUUUGAGAGUUGUGGUUCAUUUGGAGUAGAUUUAUUUGGAAAACAUGCUAAGCUGAAAUGUUACUUCCAACAAGGGUUAGAUUUCAUUGAUAGCUUGGGUUGGAUUUUUGGAGAUGCUUUUCCUCCAAAGAGUGCUCAGCACUGCACAACUGCCUGGCGCGGAGGUCACCAGCCUGGGGGCAUCCCAGAGCCAUGGGGUGGGCACUGGGGGGGUGGCUGGGGAGCUUGGAGAGCUUUUCCAACCUCAGUGAUCCUGUGGUUGUAGAGAGAGGAUACAGCAGUGUCUGGUGAUGCUGGGCAGUGACACCUCUCCCCUGCCAUCGCUGGUGCCACCUGGUUUCUCAGCACGGCACAGGAUGGGGACUCAGUGACUGCAGUGCAGAGCUGAGAUGAAGUGCAGCUCCAGUUCCUCUUUUUUGUUGUUGUUUUUUUUUUCUUUGUAAUCUCUUCUGCUCGGGAAGAAUUUAGGUCUCUGAAAAAACCCUCAAAGCUGCUUUUUGUGUGAACAGCAAGACAAAGCCUCGCAAGGCAUCGGGAGGAUUUUGGCCUGAAAGCCACCUCUGUUCCAGCACUGAGCCCAUGGGCCGCACGCAGCUCCCAGCACUCCUUCCUGCACUCCCAUAAAAACCCACACGUGGCUCCAGGAGCCUCAGAUCCUGCACCGAGACAAUGUACAGCCAGUGAGUGCUGCUGGGGCUCUCCUCUAUAUGGGCUGGGGGGGUUGUUGCUCCUUGGGGCGGUGAGGUUGGGAUCGCGUGGGGUUUUGGGGCACUGAGGUGCUGGUCCAUGUUAGAGGCAAGGACCAAGUGCCGUGCAAACCAUAUGCUUUGCUAUAGGUAGGAAUUAGGGCUUAGCAAAUAAUUCUCAGCUGUGUACUGCAAAACACUUUGUUAAAAAUGUAAAAAUUAUUCAAGACUUGGGAAAGGUAAGGUGGAUGUUUGGUGUCCUGCUUCCUGGUGCGUCAAAUGUCCUCGGUUUGUCCCUUGUGCCCCAAUAUACCACUUGUUGUUGGAACAUGAGGUGCCUGCUGUCCUGCUGCUGGUUUCCCCUCUGUACCCCCAAGACCUCCUGUCGUUUCUCCCUGCUCUCCUCGUUGGUUUUUCCAAGCCACAGCUUUGUUCUCCCAGCACCACUCGGAAGCUGCCAACAUAGGUCUGGUGUCCCUUGCAGGGUGGAGCAUCCCGCAGGAGGCUACAAGAAGCUCUUUGAGACAGUGGAGGAGCUGUCCUCCCCCGUCACUGCCCACGUCACAGGCAGGAUUCCCACCUGGCUCAGAGGCAGCCUCCUGCGAUGCGGGCCUGGCCUCUUUGAGGUCGGGGCAGAGCCGUUCUACCACCUCUUCGAUGGCCAGGCACUGCUGCACAAGUUUGACUUCAAGGAGGGACACGUCACCUACCACCGCAGGUUUGUUAGGACAGAUGCUUAUGUGCGAGCCAUGACAGAGAAGAGGAUCGUGAUAACUGAAUUUGGUACCUACGCCUACCCAGACCCAUGCAAGAACAUUUUCUCCAGGUUUUUCUCCUACUUUAAAGGGGUGGAGGUCACAGAUAAUGCCCUCGUUAAUGUCUACCCUGUUGGUGAGGACUACUACGCCUGUACAGAGACCAACUUUAUAACCAAAAUUAACCCAGACACUCUAGAGACAAUUAAGCAGGUAGGUUUUGGCAAACAGCUCCUAACAGCCUCACCUCUUUUCCCACAUCGCUCACCCUCAUCACAGACGGACAAUGCCCAGGGCUGCCCAUGCAGCCCACACCUCCCCACACUCCGUCCCCAGGUGGAUCUCUGCAAAUACGUCUCUGUCAAUGGGGCCACAGCUCACCCCCACGUGGAGAACGAUGGCACAGUUUACAACAUCGGCAAUUGCUUUGGGAAAAAUUUCUCACUGGCCUACAACAUCAUACGGAUUCCUCCACUCCAAGCGGACAAGGAGGACCCAAUGAACAAGUCAGAGGUGGUGGUGCAGUUCCCUUGCAGUGACAGAUUUAAGCCCUCCUAUGUGCACAGCUUUGGCCUGACCCCAAACUACAUCGUAUUUGUCGAAACCCCGGUGAAGAUCAACCUCCUCAAGUUCCUCUCCUCCUGGAGCCUCUGGGGAGCCAACUACAUGGACUGCUUUGAGUCCAACGAGACCAUGGGGGUCUGGCUUCAUGUGGCAGAGAAAAAGAAAGGACGGCUCCUCAACAUCAAGUACCGGACCUCAGCCUUCAACCUCUUCCAUCACAUCAACACCUUCGAGGAUAACGGGUUCCUCAUUGUCGACCUCUGCACAUGGAAGGGAUUUGAGUUUGUUUACAAUUACCUCUACUUAGCCAACCUCCGAGCGAACUGGGAUGAGGUAAAGAAGCAGGCAGAGAAGGCCCCCCAGCCCGAAGCCCGCAGAUACGUGCUGCCCCUCCGCAUCGACAAGGCCGACACAGGCAAGAACCUGGUCACCCUGCCCUACACGACAGCCACUGCGACGCUGCGCAGCGAUGAGACCAUCUGGCUGGAGCCAGAAGUUAUUUUCUCAGGGCCACGCCAUGGUAAGAUGACAGCUCUGAGCCACAGAGGCAGCACAAGUCCUGUCAGCCAUCCACGUCCUGCUAAUCCUCAUGCGUAUACCUUUUUUGCAGCCUUUGAAUUUCCACAGAUCAAUUACAAGAAAUAUGGUGGGAAACCAUAUACAUACACAUAUGGGCUUGGACUGAAUCACUUUGUUCCAGACAGGCUUUGCAAGCUGAAUGUUAAAACAAAGGAGACCUGGGUGUGGCAGGAGCCAGAUUCAUACCCAUCAGAGCCGAUCUUCGUUUCCCAUCCAGAUGCUCUGGAGGAGGAUGAUGGGGUGGUGCUGAGCAUUGUGAUCAGCCCCGGCUCAGGGCCAAAGCCUGCCUACCUCCUGAUCCUGAACGCCAAGGACAUGAGCGAAGUGGCCAGGGCUGAAGUGGAGGUGAACAUCCCUGUGACUUUCCAUGGACUCUUCAAAAGAGCAUGAGUGCUGCCUGCAACACCCCGUGUUAGGCUUCCUCCAGCUUCAAAAAGAUGCAGUCUCCAUUUGCAAGAAAGUGACAUUGAAGGAAUUUAGAUCAUUUAUUUGUGAGUACUUAGUUCACAGAAUUAUGGAAUGGUUUAGGUUGGAAGGGACAUUACAGCCCUUCCAGUUCCAAACCACUGCCUUGGGUACCCACAGGUGCAUCACUACCCUAAUUAAGACUGAAAAUUUCAGUUUUGUCACUUAGUUCUCAGAAUACUUACCCAGAUAUUUCUCAAAUGUA